GAUACUCUGCAUGUGUGGACCUGGUGUGUGUUCCGCUUGGCAAGAAUAUACCCGUCAGUUUCCGAAUCAACGCAAAAACGGAGAAGAAAAUGUUCAGAAACGGACGCUCAAAACAUCACACGUCAGUAGAGCGGAGGAUACUCAUGGACCACAAAUGGGCAUUCAGCUUCCUGCUCAUCGCCGCUCUGCAUCCCAUUGCUGGUGUAAAGAGCUACAGCAGGGAUCCCGGCCCCUCUUUUAAAGGCGCCGAUGCCUCCCUGAUGUCUUGCGGCCCCGAGAAGCAAGCAGAUGCCCUGUCUAAAUGCGCUAACGACUUGUGUAGCGUAACGCGAGAAGUUACGAUGCUUCCCAGCGGGGAAGAACUUUGUGGCUAUGUCAUCCUCAACAUACUUCCUGAGCUUGAUUUGGAAGAGGAUGAAAGUUUCGUAGCCUUAAAACGCGCGAAGAGGGAGCUACCUGCUUGUACCACCUGCACAACUGAAGAGUAUCUGCUCGAUUCUGCUGGAAAAAUUCUUCGAGGGCCUAAGAUUCGUACUGAAAUUAUAAAAACAUCAGCACCUUCCGCGGUCGAGUUCCAAGCAAGUUUCGAAGCUACUCAGGGCAUAGUCAUGUCGUGGGAAACUCCACACACUGUCUGCAAUAUUAGUCGCUACCAAAUUUCUUACUCAGUUCUUGAUCUCAACGACCCUCAGCAGCCCAAGACGACUCAAUCCAUUAACUUGGAUACCCACUAUUCAAACUACAUCCUAGACAAUGUGAAGCACAACUCGUUGUAUGAGGUGUGCAUGAUCGCAGUCGCAGUCGGUGAAGCCUCAGGCCCGGAAACCUGCAAGUCCAUUGUGAUUCCAAAAUUAGUUGCGCCAGACGUCGGGAGCCUCAGCCAUACAGAGGAGAACGUGUCAACGACGGCUGCUGUCCAACCCUCCAAUGUCCCAGUCGUUGAUGAUUCUUCGUCGGAAAAAAAGAAAACCAUGAAGAAAAAGAAGAAACCUGAAAAGAAGAGGAAACAUAAGAAGAAGAAGCCGAAUCAGUCAAAAAGCAACAGCAAUGGAGUGAAUCCACUACCUGUUCAGGGCCUGAUGAUCGCAGCCAUUGUUCUGUUAACAGCGGUACUACUGUGAGUUGCUUUCAGGCUUAGCGGAUAAGUUCAAAGUUGUAAGCCGUCACACGAUGUGAUGUCACACUCGCUACUAAUGAUGAGGGCGAGUGAUAAGGUACGGAACAGAAAAUAGUUCUAUACCAUAGAAAAUGACAAAAAAUUAGUUCGAAGCAUCAAAGUAGGAAAUGCCGUGCAUUGUUAAUUCAGAAAAUAGGACUGCUUAAACGCUUAACCGUCACAUUUCUUUCAACUCGACUCGCAAUGAAGAGAAAUAAAUAUGCGAAGAAGAUACAUUCGAUUUCAGGACAUUCAAAAAGAUUCAUUGUGCAAGCAAUUCACUUGUUGAAUUUAAAUAUGACAAAUCUAAGAAGAAGAAUUCUACGAUAUUCAGAUCCCCUUUGAUGCAUUGUUUAGGGUGGGGCUGUGUAGAUUUAAGAUUGCCGCUGUGGUUGACCUGUUGUCUACUUCCUAAAUUUUAGAGCUACUUUUACAAUGUCUUCAGCAUUUGCAUGGUGAUUUCAUCAAAUUCAUUCCAUUAGUCCGAUUAUGCGUCAAGGCCUUAGUACAAUAGCAUCUAGGGCAUACGUUGUUGGAGACCACCAGGUUCUCAUGAACUGUUUAUGUGAAUAAAAGUCUUCAGUAGUAUAAACACUUUAAUAGUUAACGCAACGAAAAAGUUUCACACAUAAGCAUGCGUAAGAAAUAGUUCAGCGUAAAUUAAAGAGGAUUAGACCGCCCUCCUCCUGUCCAAUAUCAUCGUAAUAUCCAGUCAUUUUUUUGGGAUUCCGAAAUGGUUUGUCAUUCGAAUUUGAUCGAAUGGUAUUUUAAUUUGGAGUUUCCCGGGAAAAUUUUAAAAAGUUAGUGUAGGUUAAGUCAGAGUCUAGAUACGAUCAAUUCUAGGUGACGAUUUGAUUGAUAACAUAUUAUAAUUAUGAGUGGAUGUGAUUAAUUUUAUUUUAAUAUUUCUGAUUCAGAAAUUGGUAUAGUUAGACAGUAGUUCUUAUGUUAUGCGUGUUCUAUUGAAGAUUUUAAUUAUGACAAAUCUAAACAGAAUAAUUUUACAGUAUUCAGCUCCCCACUUAUACAUUGUUUGGGGUGGGGCUGUUUAGAUUUAUGAUUGCCGCUGAGGUUAAUUAACCUGUCGUCUACUUCCUAAAUUUUAGAGCUGCUUUUAUGAUGUCUUCAGUAUCUGCAUGGUGAUUCAUCAAAUUCAUUCCAUUAGCCCGAUUAUGCGUCAAGGCAAUAUCAAUACAAUAGUAUGUACUUUAUGUUGCGAACAAUCAGGUUCUCAUUGUAGCUGCGCUGUACUUCCGUCUUCUGUUUUCCAGGUUCACGCUAGUGACUAGUAGAAUGCGUGGCAUUGUGAGAAAUUCUAAAUUUCUCACCGUUAAUUUAUGAACUUUCACCGCUAAAUAAUCUCCCAUUAUAAUACAGGGAAUAUGAAAUAAUUUGUUUCUGGCGCGCAAUGCGGUCGUCCUUUGUCCGACGGUGCGGACAAAGGUUCUUUGUCCGACUGUGUCCAAGACAAUGUUAGGUACUGGGCAAAGAGGCUCUUGGGAGUAUUUUUUCGUAUGCAGUUCGGCGCAGUGGUCGGCCCAAUCAGUCCUACGUAAUGAGCUUCCAUAUACAUGGUUCCGUUAUGUCCUAAUAUACAUUGACUAGUGUUAUAUACGAAUCCGUACAUUCAACUGCGCCACAUUCAUCGGUUAUUAAGUAUUCUCAAAAUUCUACCUAUAAAUCUGAUUCUUUAUCCCUUGUUUUACGUCAAUGUCGUGUCAAUUUUUUGUGCACCAACUCUAUGCCUAAUUUUCUUCUGUGGGAAGUUAAACUUUAGUUUAAGAUUACAACUUUUAGGAUUCAAUUGCAUUUGAUUUAUUAUAAUCAAGUAAUCAAUAUAUCUAAUUGAAACACGUUUGG